ACAAGGAUGAGGGCGAGCACCCCAACAACAGCUUCAGCCCCUGCGGCGCCCAGGACCGCAGGUGCCUGCAGAAGCACCUGGCCAAGCUACGUGACCGGAGCAGCAGCGGGAGCAAGAUGAAGGUCGUCGGGGCGCCCCGGGAGGACGUGCGGCCCGUGCCGCAGGGCUCCUGUCAGAGCGAGCUGCACCGCGCCCUGGAGCGGCUGGCCGCCUCACAGAGCCGCACCCACGAGGACCUCUUCAUCAUCCCCAUCCCCAACUGUGACCGCAACGGCAACUUCCACCCCAAGCAGUGUCACCCGGCUCUGGACGGGCAACGUGGCAAAUGCUGGUGCGUGGACCGAAAGACGGGCGUGAAGCUUCCAGGGGGCCUGGAGGCCAAGGGGGAGCUGGACUGCCACCAGCUGGCUGACAGCUUCCGAGAGUGAGCCUGGCGCGGACAGGGGCUCCGUGCCUCGCUGCCCCGAGCACCGGGGCUGGAGGGUCGGCCCAGAAGUUUCUCUUGGAUGUGUGUGAGUGUGUGUGUGUGUGUGUGUGUGUGUAUGGACACGAGUGUGCCCAAUGACCUUUGGGGCUUAGAUAGCCCAAGAGGUUCGAGUACAGCAGUGGGGAGCCCUGGUGUGUCUCCACCUCGAUCUUGGAUUCAUUCACGUAUUCAUUCACCCACUCGUCCACCGAAAACAUGUAUUGAUCACACGCUACGCGCCAGCGCCGGUUCUCAGUUCUGGGCGCACUCUGACCCCUCGAUGGAGGCUUGGGAGGCGUUAGGAGACAGGAGAGGAAGCCAGGCUCGGAGACGGGGAGCGGUGUGAGCACUGCCUUUGCCCCCCUCUCCGUCUGGCCAGAGGCUGGGGUCCCGGGGAAGUGCAGGUGGCCCAGGGGCGUGGCUCCCGCCAGCAGACACCCACCUUCAACCUGGGUACGGUCAGCUCGGCUCGGCUGGACUGCUGGCGCUGGGGAGGGCGGGGUCCGAGGAAGCCCACAGCCAGGGAGGGCGGGAGGUGGCCAGGUUGUGUGUGAGUGCUGGGGGUGGGGUCUCGCUGGGGCCCUCCUGUUCCUCGUAGUCAUAGCCGAGAAGUCACCAGAGGGACCCCAACUUCCUGGGGGACCCGCCAUCUCUCCUGCCCCUCCCCCUGUCCCUGGGCCUUUCCAGCUUGGCUGAAUGGCAGGUGACGGGGACCCGCUGGCUGCCUGUGAUGUCUUUCUUUUCUCUCUAUCUUUUUUUUUUUUUAACAAAACAACAAAACCAAAAAUGUCCAGA